UUCUGGGAUAGAGGGGGCUCUGGGGCCGCAGAGGGGGUGCAGGGGCUGGCUCUCUGCUGCUGAGUCAAUAGAGCUGGGUUCUCAAACGGGGUUGGGACCCCUCAGGGAGUUGUGAGGUUAUUACAUGGGGGGGGUCACAAGCUGUCAGCUCCACCCCAAAACUUGUUUUUCCUCCAGCAUUUAUAAUAGUAUUAAAUAUAUUUAAAGGUGUUUUUAGUGGGGGGUCACACUCAGAUGCUUGCUUGUGAAAGGGGUCACCAGUACAAAAUUUUGAGAACCUCUGCAAUAGAGGGGCUGCAAAUUAUAUAUAGUCCAUGUUUCUGAACAGCCGUGCAGUAAUGAAUGCAUGUGCACAGGCAUUAGUGAAGGGAAAUCAGUUUAGAGGUGAUAUAUGUGUUUGGUGUCUGACUCUCAGAAGGAUAUUACAGCGGUUGAGUAAGAAAAUAUUUGUUAAAUAUUUAUCAAUCCUUGGACCUUGCCUUUCUAACACAUUACAUCUUUCGUUAUGUAAACUGAUUUUUUGCUCUCUUGAUUUGCAUGUGAAACAGUUGUUUCUAGAGCCACAAAGGUAAAUUUUAGUUAGUGGUGUUCCUUUGUCUAUAAUUUUCACUUUCUAGGUGGAUAUGCUGGGAUCUAAAAUCUUUUCAUCAAGAACAUGGGCUUUGCUGGAUGGCUUACGGCAAUGGAAACCUGCAUAUUCACCACAUAUACAGAUUUGCUUAUUGCCGCAGCAGUUUAAGAGCUGGCAGAGGAUUCUUUCCACAAACUGUGCAAAGUGUGCAAAAAAUCAACGGCUGAAACAAAAAAGAGCAAUAUCAGAAGAGAAGCUGACCCGAUAUUUUGUAGAUCAUCGAAGAGUGUGUGUGAUUGGAGGCCGCGGAGGACAGGGUAUUAACUCUUUCCACAGUGAGCCUAGAAAAGAGUUUGGAGGUCCUGAUGGUGGAAACGGAGGAGAUGGGGGCCAUGUUAUUUUGAAAGCUGACCAGCAAAUCAAAUCACUGGCUUCAGUCCACCCAUUAUAUCGAGGUUUUGAUGGAGAAAGAGGGAGAAGCAAAAACUGUUACGGAGCCAAUGGUGGAUGCACAUAUAUUAAAGUUCCUGUAGGCACUGUAGUUAAGGCGGAUGGGAAAAUUUUGGCUGAUCUUGCUCAGCAUGGUGAAGAAUAUGUUGCCGCUUAUGGAGGAACUGGAGGGAAGGGUAACAGGUUCUUUCUGUCCAAUGAGAAUCGAGCACCAAUGACAGCUACUCUAGGAGAAUCAGGUCAGGAAAGAGUCCUCCAUCUGGAGCUCAAGACUAUGGCACAUGCAGGGCUGGUGGGAUUCCCCAAUGCUGGGAAGUCAUCACUUUUGCGAGCAAUCUCCAAUGCAAAGCCUGCAGUGGCUCCCUACCCGUUCACAACCUUAAAUCCACAUGUAGGCAUUGUUCACUACCAGGACUAUGAACAAGUGGCAGUUGCUGAUGUUCCUGGUAUAAUAAGAGGAGCUCAUCUAAACAGGGGCCUUGGAUUGGCCUUUCUAAGGCACAUAGAACACUGCCGCUUUCUCUUAUAUGUGGUGGAUCUGUCUGUGUCUGAGCCAUGGAUUCAGCUCCAAGACUUAAAAUAUGAACUGGAGCAGUAUGAAGAAGGGUUGUCGAAGAGACCUCAUGCUGUAAUUGGGAAUAAGAUUGAUCUGCCUCAGUCGAAGACUAACUUAUUACUUCUUAAGGAGCGAGUGGAGCAGAGAGUCAUCCCACUAUCUGCAUUGACAGGAGACAAUCUGGAGGCAUUAUUGUUGCACCUAAAAGAUUUGUAUGAUGCUUAUAUAAGAAAAAUAAGGCAGAGAACUGAAAUGACUUGGAUGGAAACAGAGUUCAGGCUAAUGACCAUAACGAUAAUUUCUGGCCUUAAAUCUAUGAAUCUUCACUUUCCCUGCCCCCGGCCAUAUGUCCAGUGCUUUACUGUUCCACCUCUCACAAGUCAAGAUGAGUGAGAAAGAUGAUGAUCAUAAUGUUAAUUCCUCAACUUAUGUGAUGCAGCAGUCCAAGCCCUCAGAAGGGAAAUAAGUUCUCUGGAACCACAAGUUCAAAUCUCUACAGAGCUGUCUCAGCUCUUCAACUUCCUUAGACACAUACAUUUGUUCCAUAUGUUACACUGUGCAUGGAAAAUUUCAGAUGAGAACUUCUCCUCUAUUGAGAUACCUGCUUUGUGUCAACACUGGAAGUGUUGGCAUCUGUGUCCUUAGCCAAAGUUUUGAUUCCUCCUCUUUGCUAUACAAGAUGUACUGAGCUGGUUGUCAUCUGUACAAGUUGACUUCCUGCUUCUCUCCAGCCUAGCAGUGAUGGCACGUCAGUGGUCCUCUGUCUAUAUAGUUUUGUAAAGUACAUUGGGAUCCUUCAACAUGAAGGAGCGGAUCUUUUUAACUCCAGAGUCAUCCACUAAUAUCCAUUUUCAUCUGGCAUCCAGGCCCCCAGACUGUCCCCUACCCCCAAUAAAGGAACAGGUACCUCCAAAUCUCUAGAAUGUCAGUAGAUAAAUAUUUGACAGCUGUGUGCUCUGCAAGUGGCCACACGAUAAGGAGAAUGGAGCCCCUGACCCCACUGGGGGUGGAAAGUGAACGUGUAUUAAUGCAUCCAACUGUCCCUAUGGGCCUCCUCAUUUUUUGUCCGAUGGAGAAAAAUAAGAUCCCUGUAGUGAGACUGCAUGAAGGGUCUGGGCUAAUCUAGCUGUGAGGCACCAAGUUGAUCCUUGUAUCCAUGCAAAAGCAUCUAUUUGAUACAGCCCAUACUUGAAAACGGAGUAAAUCUAUAAUUUGGAAGGACUGGCAAAGCAGAGGCUUCAGGAUUUCCCAGUUUUGUCCCUUUUCCAAUGCUAAAGCAACAUUAUGACUUGCUACCUUCUGUGGAGUGGCAGUGCUUACAGCUAAAACACAUCCUAACAUCUACCUUUGUUCCAGAUCCCCUAGGGCCGUCAAAGGCCCAGAACUACUUGGAACCUUAGAAAUGCUGCAUAAACUCCCCAGGCCCAUGUCUGUCAUGUGUGCUUUGCUAAUGAAGAGGAACUCCAUUGGUCUGGAGUUCUUUGUGGAAGCAUGAGGAGGGGGGUUAUUGCAGCCCUUAAAAUAAUCCUAUUGGCAAAGUAUUAUGUAAAGUUAAAAAUGCUUCUGUGGAUCUUAGGCUAUGCCUGAUACAACACAAGAUUUUAUUUAAACUGUAUUAGACACCACGAAGGUUGUGGUGCAAGACGGGGGCCCUUGUCCGCUGAUGUUUGUUGGUGCUGUAACAAAAGAACAAAGAAACCUGCUGCAUAUGUUGUGGGACUGUCCAACAGUCAGGCAGCUGUGGAAAGAGGUGGACACAGGACUGAAACUAGUAGUUGGCUUCAGCAACCGCACCUCAGCUGUAAAUUAUAUCUUAGGUUAUGUACCUACCAGACGAGGUUUAACUCCACAAUCGAGACUUUGGUUCCUAAGGGCUGCAAUGAUCACCCAGUGCAUGAUUUUCCAAAAUGGAAGAGUAGGCUUAUGCAAAGAGAGAGCUGUGCUAUUUGGAACUGUCUGAGUCCGCAGCCGAAAAAGGAAUAGCUUAUCGAUGUAUAGAGCCAUUAUAUGAAUUCAAAGAAAUUUUGACCCCAUUUCUAGAUACAUUUUGUUUGAUUACAAAAAUAUUGAAAUUGCUCAAAGAAUACCUGACCUCCAUUCCACCUUCCCACCUCUUUUUUAUUUCCCCUUUCCGGUCUCCUCCUUCCCACCUCUUCCUUUUCAUGUGUGUCGUCUUGUUUUAUUACUGCUACCCCCCAAGCUCAUGUGUAAUGUCUGUGCUCUCAUCUGGUCUUGCAGCUUUGACAAAUUGUAAAAUUGUGUAAUUGAAUAAUUUUCUUGAUGAUCCCAAGAAGUGUACAGUAAUUGGAAACACACAUACAAGCUACAAGUCAUUUACCAGUUUGCACUUUUCAUUCUGUUUCUUUAUGAAAAUCAAUACAAAAUUAAUCACCAAAACAAAAAAACUGAAGGAGUGUCCUGGACUGGACUUGACUUGUAUAACAUCUCUUGAGUAAUAGCUAAAGUUCAUGUUUCUAGAAGGUACAAUUUAGAUUUCAAGACCCAGUAGUAUACAUACUAUUAUUUUGUCACAGUCUAUUUAAAACUACUGUUACACCAAACGUAUAAAAUAGCACUUUAGUUGUAAUGGUCUAUUAAAUUUGUGCUUGUUGGUGUGUAAAUUAUUUUCUCAAUAGACGGUAAUGACUCCACUUUGUCAAUCCUCAGUCAAUUCAUGAAAGCUGCAGGGUGCAUAUGCAACCUGAUGAUCAGCGAAUUAUGCAUGCAAUUCCUGUUAUUAUUUAUUGUUAAGUAAACAAGCUCUAAUACCCAAUGCUCGGUAUGAGCUUUUACUUCACUCUUAAUAGCUAAAGUGUUUACCAGAACAGCCACUUCUCUUCUAGCAAAGAGCUGCUUGUUUUGUGAAAGGCUGUGGGAUAUAUUGAGUAUAAAUAUUACUGAAUAAAAACCUUUCAUUUUGUUCAGUGGGAUUCAUAUUGCUAAAUCCUCCAGCAUCACACUAAAAAAAUUAGUCCAAAGUCUGUUAAAAAUCCAAAUGAGAUGUGUUAAAAUAAGGCCAAAUAUCCAGGUGAGGGAUCCAGAUGUGUACUUGCAAAAGAGGUCCCGCAUUGGCUCAUGAAAUGGGUAUGUUCAUGCAUAUGAGUGCCUGUGCAUUGUUUGUACAUACAUGGACCUCAUUUACCAUCCAGAACUCACUUCCUGUUAUCUUUGGUGUACGAUUGUACAUUAUUGCAGCUUGCUCAGGGAUUCUUGAGUGUCUAAAAAUAUUUAAUUGCAGCUUAGUGAAUGCGAAGUCUGUCCAUGCAUUUGUGUGGUUGCACCUAUUCUGUCUACAGAUGAAAAUUUUCUCCUAACCACAUUUGCACAGCAAGUAAUUUAAACCCUUAAUGAGAGACAGCUCUGGUAUGAGUGACUCUGGCUUCUAUUCCUGAUUGUUGCUGAUUUGCUGUGUGAUCUUAGGCAGAUCUCUUCAGCUCUUUAUGCCUCAAUUGCCCCAUCUACAAAAUGGAAUAGGAAUUCUUACCAACCUCAAACAAGCACUUCAAGACGUGUGGGUGAAUAGUGCUAUAUAGUUACGGAGUAUGAUUAACUUCAGAUGAGGUUUUUCCAGAUGUGAUUUUUUUUUCUCUCUUAAUACUACAGCCUUAACUACUACUUGGCAUGUUUUUAAACUGAAGCAGGUUCCAAAAUUUUACAAAUGCAAUCCAACCAGCAACAAAAAUGCUAUCCUAUUUUCCUCCCACCUGCAUAAAUGUGGACAUACAUAGCCAAACCUAUAAUAUUUAUUCAUAAAUUGGAUUAAAAUAUUAAUUCCCUAUUGGACUCAGACCUUGGAAGUGGCUUGUAAAUUACAGAGCAAAAACCAUAUAGUCUGCCCAUAAAUUCCUGAGAAGAAAUGGCCACAAUGGAACUCCUGACGUACACUGAACUAUGGCAAUAAAAGUGCUGAUCUAAUGGACAAUGUGAAUUUCUUACUUUGCAGCACGAAGAGAAACUCCCAAGUAUAUUCCAGUUGGAUUUAGGACCUCUGCCUUCAAUCUCUGUAUUAUUAUUAUUAUUGAAUAUAUUUGUAUUACCAUAGUUCGUAGGAGCACCAAUGAUGGACCAGAACUGCAUUGUUCUAGGCACAGUACAAACAUAGAACAUAGUCCCUUCCCCAAGGAGCUUUCAAUUAAACCAACAUUUAAAGGACAAGUAUGUACAUGUCUCCCUUAUUAACAUCAGAAGACUUUGUUUGAAGCCAACUGUGGAAUGAUAGUUUCAAUAUGAUAUUAUAAUACAAAGGAUUAAUGAUGAUAUAUUUUAGAUUUUCAUCUUGGAGGAUCCCUAAAAGCUUCUUCACAUACAGGAAUCACUUAAUCCAGUACUGAAAUUUAGCCACUUCUGAGAAUGAGGAUGGUGGAUAAAUUUGCUGUAUAACAGCAUAGAGGAAAAAGGGAGAUUUAAUCCAGUGGCAAACUUGGGAUCCUUACUGCCCAUAAAGCCGCCUCUCAAAUUUUGAGAGAAAGGAUGGGUUUAAGAUGGAUUGGGACUCGGGACUAGGUGGGGCCUUUCCCUCAGCUCUGCUGUAGUUUUCGUUUGUGACCUUGGGCAAAUCAUUGAAUUGUUCUAUGCCUCCACUCCCCAUCUUUAAGUGGGGAUACUACUGUUUUUUUGUCUACCCUUUGUCUGUCUUGUCUAUUGAGAUGGGAAGAUCUUUGCAGCAGGGACGGUCUCUUACUAUGUAUAAUGUAUGUACAGUCCUUAGCACAAAGGGGUCCCAAGCUCCGGGGGGCCUCUAGGCACUAUCCUAAUGCAAAUACUAACGUAAAAAAGGAGCUGCAUGCAGUAAACGAAGUGGAUCUUAGUAUCCUUGGGAUAAGC